AUGGCUUUCGAGGGUCGCCUUCGCGGUGCUGGGCAAGCGCCACUCAUUGCAAUGUUUUUCGGGUACAAUAAAAUCCUUAUCAUUGGCGCCACCUCUGGGAUUGGCAAGGCUCUCGCCGACAAGUUGAUUGUCUCCGGUCGUAGACAGGAAAACUUGGAUAAGCUUGUCCAGAAGUAUGGAAGCGACCAAGGCUGCUCUGCACCAUUUCAUUCUCGCGCUGCGCACUCAGUUGCAAGAUGGUCUGGGAAUGUCAAGCUUCUGGAGAUUUAUCCUCCUGCUGUUCAGACUGAGCUUCAUGAUGCUAAGCACCAGCCUGAUUUGAGGGAUGGGCAUCUUAUUGGGAUGCCGUUGCAGGAGUUUGUGGAUGAGGUUUGGGAACGGUUGGUAGAGGGCAAAGAGUAG